AUGCCUGGGCAACUCAUCCCAAAUAUCAACAACAACAACAUCAUACCUCCAGAACCUUGGCUACCCUACCCGACAGGCCUGACACCGCCAUCGCAUGAGGUCGUCUCCCAACAUCAUGACUCCGCGCUAGUUCCAAUUACAACCCCGACCACAGCCCUAACCGAUCCAUGCCUUCUCAGUCCCCCCUCAUCUACCUACUACCACCCCAUGAACUGCCGCAGCGUCACCCACCAACACCAAUAUCCACACCACAGCCAACAGCCUCCCACACAGCACGACGUCUACAGUCUCCUGCUGCGGGGUUUCUCACCUAACUACCGCGGCGACCCGUCCGUGGCGCGCAACCAGUCGGCUGCGAUCCCUGCCGAGGCAAAUUGUAGUCUGUUUCUGGUUGGAUUGGCGCCGGAUUUGACGACACAUGAGUUGCUGUCGGGAAUUAGGAAUGUGGGGAGGGUGUAUGCGACGCAUAUUAACCCGCCGGAUCCGGCGAGGGGUCAUCAGUUGAGUGCGGCGAAACUGGUGUUUUUUGAGAGGAGGGCUGCUGGUGAGUUUCUUUCUUUCUCUCUCUGUCUUUCUCUCUCUGUCUUUCUCUCUUUCUUUCUUCCUCUUUCUUCUUCUCAUCAUCUUCGUCACAAAGAAACACCACGAACUACUAACGUAUCACCAACACCCACAGAAAUCUUCUACAACCGCUUCGCCCCCGCCUACUUCUCAACCCCUCGCAACCCCCAUCUCCUCGCCCGCGUAACCUGGAACCGCAUCCCCCCAACACCAACCGGGCCAACCUCGCCACGGACAAUCACACCCCCCCGCCCGCGCUCGCGCGUCCUCCUAAUCGCUGGCCCCCCACACAUCGUCAACGCGGCGUUUCUGUGCGCAUAUCUGGAUACCAAGCUCUCGUACCAGAUCGAUGCGAUUCUCAGUCGGGGACAGAGUGAGGACGGCAAGCGGGUGUUGGUGGAGUUUCGGUUUGGGAGUUUUCGGUGUCAGGCGGAGGCGGCGCGGAUGGCGCUGAUGAGGGAGUUUAGGGAUUGUGGGGUUGUUUGUGAUUAUGGUGAGUUUUCUUUUUGCUUUUGUGCUUAUUCUUUUGUGGCGGGGGUUUGUGUGAGUGUUUGUGAGGUGUUUGUGACUGACUGA